UCCCGCGCCCGGGUGGACCCGGGAGCGCUGAGUUCCGGCAGCGUGGGCAUCAGCCAGGAAUCUGUUUCCUCUGUCCUCCCGGCGCGGAAAUGGUUGUCUUGGUUACCGGUGCUAACCGUCUCCCACCUGUGAUUCCUUGUUGAGGGGCUGCAACCCAAGCUGCCCUCUGGAGACACUUCCAGCUCCUCUAAGAGGCAACUGCUCGAGUCUUCAGCGUGGAGUAAUUGAAGCUUUCCAGAAAAUUGAAAUAGAGUUGGAAACGAAAAGUGACCCGUAAUAAUUUAAAAUGUCUAGAAAAGUCAGCAAGGCAUCAAAAAAAAUGAACAUCUCUAGCUCCCUGGAAUCUGAAGAUAUUAGUUUAGAAACAACAAUUCCUACAGAUGAUAUUUCCUCAUCAGAAGAGCAGGAUGGCAAGAUCAAAAUCACCAGGCAGCUAAUUGAACGGAAAGAACUGCUUCAUAAUAUUCAGUUACUGAAAAUAGAACUAUCACAGAAAAAUAUGAUGAUCGAUAAUUUGAAGGUUGAUUAUCUUACAAAGAUUGAAGAAUUGGAGGAGAAACUUAAUGAUGCACUUCACCAGAAGCAGGUACUAGCCCUGAGAUUAGACAACCAAUUGACUUUCCAACAAAAAGAUGCCAGAAAAUAUCAAGAACUAAUGAAACAAGAAAUGGAAACGAUUUUACUGAGACAGAAACAACUAGAAGAGACAAAUCUUCAGCUAAGAGAGAAAGCUGGAGAUAUUCGUCGAAACCUGCGUGACUUUGAGUUGACAGAAGAGCAAUAUAUGAAGCUAAAAAGUUUUCCUGAAGAUCAGCUUUCUAUUCCUGAAUAUGUAUCAAUUCGGUUCUAUGAACUAGUGAAUCCAUUGAGAAGGGAAAUCUCUGAACUACAAGUGAAAAAGAAUGACCUGGCAGAAGAAUUAAGUGCAAACAAAGGUCAACUGAAACAACUGACUGAGACUUAUGAGGAAGAUCGCAGAAACUACUCUGAGCUUCAAAUUAGAUGUCAACGUUUGGCCUUAGAAUUAGCAGACACAAAACAGUUAAUUCAGCAAGGUGACUACCGUCAAGAGAACUAUGAUAAAGUUAAGAGUGAGCGUGAUGCACUUGAACAGGAAGCAACUGACUUAAGGAGAAAAUAUGAAGUACUUGAAGCCUCUCACAUAACUCAAGCUAAAGAAAGAAGUGAAUUAUCGAAAGAGGUAGCCACCUUACAGCAGACUGUUACUUUACUGCAAAAGGAUAAAGAAUAUCUCAACCGCCAAAACAUGGAGCUUAGUGUUCGCUGUGCCCACGAAGAGGAUCGUCUUGAAAGACUUCAAGCUCAACUUGAAGAAACUAAAAAGGCUAGAGAAGAGAUGUAUGAAAAAUACGUAACAUCCAGAGACCGUUAUAAAACAGAAUAUGAAAACAAACUACGUGAUGAACUGGAACAGAUCAAAUUGAAAACUAAUCAAGAAAUCGAUCAACUCCGAAGUGCCUCUAGGGAAAUGUAUGAACGGGAAAACAGAAACCUCCGAGAAGCAAGGGAUAAUGCUGUGGCUGAAAAGGACCGAGCGGUGAUGGCUGAAAAGAAUGCUCUAGAAAAACACGAUCAGCUCUUAGACAGGUACAGAGAACUACAACUUAGUGCAGAAAGCAAAGUAACAGAAUUUCUCCAUCAAAGUAAAAUAAAAUCUUUUGAAAGUGAGCGUGCUCAACUUCUACAAGAGGAGACUGCAAGAAAUCUCACACAGUGUCAGUUGGAAUGUGAAAAAUACCAGAAAAAAUUGGAGGUUCUAACUAAAGAAUUUUAUAGUCUCCAAGCCUCUUCUGAAAAACGCAUUACUGAACUUCAAGCACAGAACUCUGAACAUAAGGCAAGGCUAGACACUUAUGAGAAACUGGAAAAAGAGCUUGAUGAAAUAAUAAUGCAGACUGCAGAAAUUGAAGAUGAAGUUGAAGCCGAAAGGGUUCUUUUUUCCUAUGGCUAUGGUGCUAAUGUUCCCACAACAGCCAAAAGACGACUAAAGCAAAGUGUCCACUUGGCAAGAAGAGUGCUUCAGUUAGAGAAACAAAACUCGUUGGUUUUAAAAGACCUGGACCAUCAAAAGAACCAAGUAACACAGCUUUCACAAGAGCUUGACAGGGCCAAUUCUCUGUUAAACCAGACUCAACAACCUUACAGGUAUCUCAUUGAAUCAGUGCGUCAGAGAGAUUCUAAGAUUGAUUCCCUGAAGAAGUGUAUUACCGAACUCGAAAAAGAUGUCAGCAAUUUAAAUAAAGAAAAGUCAGCUUUGCAGCAAAUGAAGGAUCAAAUGGCAUUAGAUUUGGAACAACUUCUAAAUCAUCGUGAGGAAUUGGCAGCAAUGAAACAGAUUAUCACUCACAUGCGUAGUAAGCGUUCUGAGGACAACUUACUUUUCACUAAAAUGGAAUCCAAAAAUGUGACAGAAAAUCAGAAAUCAAAGACUUUGAAUGUGCCUAAAGAACCUGAAGACAAUGUAUUUAUACCCAAACCAACACUGUUUACCAAGAAAGAAGCACCUGAGUGGUCUAAGAUACAAAAAAUGAAGACCUAGUGUUUUGGACAGAUUCCCGAAGUUCUUUUUCUGAUGACCAGAAAGUUUAUCUUAAUUAUGUACCUGACAUUUUUUAAAUAGCUAAUUUGAAGCUUAUUUUAACUGAACAUUAAAUUAACAAAUUUUAUCAUAAUAAUCAAAAUACAUAAAAUGUAAAUAUUUGGUUUAUCUAUUUUGUUAAAAAAUAAAUAUUGUGUACUCUAUUAUGAUUUAAAUUUUGGAACUUUCAUAAUUCUUUGAGUCAUUUUAAACAUGUGGCUUAUAAAUAUUUUGGUUAGCUGUUUUAUUGGUGAAUAUUUUCCUAACCACAUAAAUUUUGAAUUGUCAUAACACAAAUACCAAGACACUUUACAAUUUUUAAAUUAAUAAUCAUUUGUGAAGAAUACUAGAAAACAUUUCAAAUGCCUGAUAAUGGUAGUCAGAGAUCAUGUUAGUGUAUAUGAAUUGCUGAUUCUUUCUUGGAGUCUGUUUUUUUCUUACAUUUCAUAUCACUGCUCACCAAUACAAUCCUUUACAAAGUCUGUUAUUCCAUUGGUCAAGUAAAAAUUUGGUGGAAAGUGUCUUGUUACUUUGGUUGAAACAGUGCUGAUUCAGAUGCAGUAUGGACCAAAUAGCAUUUUCUCUUUUUCUUGUCAUAAAUAUGUUCCAUUUCUUAUUCAAAAGUUACAAUUUAGAAGAAAGAAGAGGAGUGAAAGAGAAAGAAAAAGAAAUAUAUUUUUAUGUAUCAGAUUUUCUUAACUACUGUU